CUCAGUGUACACGAUGUGGUAAAGUGAACUGCGAUGUGUCACUGACUUGCUGCUCUGGUGAAUGAAAUUACUGCAUAUUUCUGAUUCCUCGGGGCAGCAACCGUGAGUCAAGAUGGUGUUCGAGUCUAUUAUCACCGAUCUUAUGAACAAAUACCUGGGUGAUUUCGUGGAAAACCUUGACAAGUCACAACUAAAACUGAGUAUUUGGGGAGGUGAUAUUGUACUACAGAAUCUUGACCUCAAAGAGAGUGCAUUGGAUGAUUUAGAUUUACCGAUUAAAGUGAAGUCUGGGCACCUUGGUAAGCUGACACUCAAGAUACCAUGGAAAAGUCUGUAUUCCUCACCUGUUGUCGCUAACAUUGAUGGGCUCUAUGUACUAGCAGUGCCAAACAUAGAUAUCAAGUAUGAUGCUGAGAAAGACGCCAAACAGAAGGAGGAAAAAAAACAAAAAGAACUUGAAAAAGUUGAACAAGCAAAAGAGUUGGCCAGGCAGAAAGAAAAAGGAAAAUCGAAGGAACAAAAAGCUGACUCCUUUGCUGAAAAGAUGGCAUUCCAGAUUGUGAAGAAUUUACAAGUACAGAUUAGUAAUAUUCACGUGAGAUAUGAAGAUAAGUACACCAAUCCUGAGUCACCAUUUGCUGUGGGUGCAACACUACAUGAUUUGUCUUUCCAGACUUGUGAUGCGAACUGGAAGAAAUGUCUCAUAGACUCGGCGUCAAACAUGAUAUUCAAGCUCAUUGAAUUGGACUGUUUAGCUUUAUAUUGGAAUACCAAUUCCAGACUUUAUAGUGAUUUACCGAGGUCACAACUUCAGAAUGUUUUGAAAGGUGGCAUUGCUGCUCGUGAGAAAAACAUACCACCCUAUGACUACAUGAUAAAACCGAUAUCCAUGAAGUCUCAGCUAAGAAUUAAUCCUAAACCGGCAUCUGAUUUAGAAACACCAAAGGUUUAUUUCAACCUAAUCUUGGAAGAAAUUGCUGUGUCAUUUUCAAAAAAACAGUUUCGUGACACUAUGGAAAUGUUAGAAUCGUUUGAAAGGAUGUCAAGAAAUGAACCCUAUCGGAAAUAUAGACCCAGUGUGCCACUAAAAGGACAUGCUAAAGAAUGGUGGCAUUAUGCCCAGUCUAGUAUAUUAGAAGAGACAGUGAAACGGAGAACAAGUAUGUGGUCAUGGUCUAGUAUGAGCAAACAUAGAGAACUGGGUAAACAGUACAAAGAAGUGUGGAAAGAAAAACUAAAAACAAAAAAGCCAACAAAGAAGUUACUGGACACUAUUAAUAGUUAUGAACAGCACUUGAAUGUUUUCAACAUCGUGCUGGCCAGGCAGCAAGCCGAGACUGAGGUCGCCAAAUCGGGGAGUAAAGUGACGAAAAGUAAAUCCGAAGAGAAGGGCAAAAGUAAAGGGUGGUUCGGCGGUUACUUUGGUGGCAAGAAGAAAAAAGAAACAGAAGAAACGGAAGAAAAUAAAUAUAAGAGCCAAUUUGCUGAGGCAAUGUCACCUGCAGAGAAAGCGAAAUUGUUUCAAGCAAUCGGAUACAGUGAAAGCGGCGCUGAAGAUCCAACUUUCCCAGUUGACUAUAUUGGUAUGAAGCUUCAUUUUACGUUAAAAAAGACGUCAUUACAGUUACGCGACACUGACCUCAAACAGCCAGAUAUUGUCAAGGUAGUUGUUGACGACUUGUACGCAUCACUACAGCAAAGACCUUCUGGCAAUGCAAUUAGGUUGGAAUCCAAGAUUGAUUCCUUCAGUGUGUUCGGUGCUCAGCAUGAAAAUGGUGAAAUACCACAGAUGGUGAAGUCCCAGAAAGGAGAUGGCGGGUCAGUUCUGUCCCUGUUAAAUUUACAAGUAGAAACCAAUCCCUUAGAUGGCAAAGCAGAUCAAAGGAUAACGGUUACAUCAAGACCACUGGAAAUUAUCUAUGAUGCCGUGACAAUCAACCAUGUUGCUGAUUUUUUCAAAACACCAGAAGAUGUGCACCUUAGCGAGCUUCAAGCUGCUGCAAUGUCUACUUUGGAUACAAUAAGGAACCAGAGUGCUACUGGUAUGAACUAUAUGAUUCAGUCUCGUAAAGUCACUGAUAUCAGCGUGGACAUCAAAGGUUCCUACGCUAUCAUACCAGAGAAUGGAAUAUAUGACAGUUCUGCAUCUCUGAUAAUUGCCAACUUGGGUGAUUUUAAAAUGCAAAGCCUACAAGCAGAUAAAUUGGCUGAGUGGAGACGACAGCAAUGUGUACCAAUAGAAGACUUACUGAAUAAAGCAUACGAUAAAUUCAGUUUAAAACUACAGAGUGUGCAGGUUAUACUGGCCAAACCAGGUGAAGAUUGGAAGGCAGCCAUAUUGGAGCCUAAAUCGGCCUUACAUGUCUUGCAACCGACUGAAUUGAGUGUGGAACUUCAUAAAUGUAUGCUGACCAAUGACACUCGAGUACCACAGGUUAGGAUAGUUGGUGAACUUCCGCAGUUAAACGUCCAAAUCUCCGAUCAGAAGAUCCACGAAUUGAUUAAAAUUGCUGAUAGUAUUCCAUUACCUAAAAGUGACAGCCCAUCACCUUCUGCAUCUCAGAAAAUGGCUGCGACAGUUCCUGAGCAGCUUACAGCUGGAUAUGAAGUCCACGCUCCAACUAAUCUGAAAAUAGCCGGCCAUCAAGACGUUGAUGUUGUUCUGGAAUCCGACAGUGAUACCGAAAGCACUGUGUGUGAUGAUUUCUUUACACCGGCACAGAGCGAAGAAGACAUGAUCCAGAAGUUUGGCAAGGAGGGGCCGUUGGACCAGCUAACACAGUUAGAAUUAAACUUUGAAAUUAAAGAGGUACGUAGCAAAUCUGGUAACCAUGGCGAUAGUGAUGAUGAUGAUAAUGAUGAUGAGUUUUACGAUGCUUGCAAGAAUGAGAAUGAGAUGGUUGCUAGGCAUGGCAUUGACUUUAAUGAUAAGUGUCGUCGUAAGAUGCUAACUCAGAAAAGAUUUCAGGAGAUGCGGGCACAACUCGUUUCUUUGUAUCUGAAAUUGAACAUCACUGAGGUCGCGUUGAAUGUGUCACGUUUUAAAGACAAUAAAGAAAUUCCAUUGAUUGGUAUAGCGGUACAGAAUCUUGGCACUGAAGUAACAAUCAGGACGUUUGAUAUUAAUGUGGCUGCUUUCGUGGGCAGUAUAACUGUCGAACAUAAACACUUUACAGCUCCUGGUGGUGCUGGACCGCUCUAUCUUGUUAGUACGCCAACAAGUUUCAAACAAGAAGAUAAUUUAUUAUCUGUACACUAUAAAAAGGCGGAUAAAAAGAGCCCAGAAUUUUAUACGACAUACGAGAAAACAGAACAAAGUAUAAUAGUCUCAUUUACAGCGCUCGAAGUCGUAGCUCAUUUAUCGGCCAUCUUGGGACUGCUAGAUUUUGUAGAUACUGUAGUGCCGAAAAGUGACGAAGUCAGCAAAGAACCAGAUGUUGUGGAUGAUGAGGGUUACAUAAGCGAUGAUGAAAAAAAACAAAAACGUCAGCGUUACACACGUCCAGAACCAAGGUCAGAGAUAGAUGUCAAAGUCAUGGCUGAUUUAGACACAGUGUCUUUAGUUAUAUGCAGUGACGCUGGAAUAGUCGCAACAGCCAAGGUUAACGGUUUGAAAGCUGGGGUUAUGGUGCAGAGACAUCAGACAAGAAUAGAGGCUUCCUUGAAGGAUAUCGCUAUACAUGAUCCAAUGCCUAAUGCUGCUUACCCCAAGAUUCUCUCCAUCAAAGACGCUGAAGUAUUUCAUCUGAAUAUUGUAGCUCAUAACAGCGCCACCGUUGGAGAAUGGUACUCUGAUAUGAGCUCUGUGGAUACGGAAAUAGAACUCAACUUAGGGAGAAUUGACAUUGUGUUCCUCAAUAAAUUUGUCAUGGAAAUACUGGAUUUUAUCGAUCAUUUCCAAGCGGCGAAAGAUGCAGUCAAAGAUGCCAGUGCGUCUGCAGCAAGUACUGCUGCUGCCAAAGUGCAGAACUUACACGAACGAAGCGCUAGAGUUGUACUCGACAUAACCAUUCAGGCACCGCUGAUUAUCAUACCACAGAAUUCGCUGUCAUUGAAUGCCAUCAUUGCUGAUCUUGGCGUGCUGACAGUCAGUAAUAGUUUUAGUAUUGCGGGUGAGAACACUGAUAAGUACAUUCCACCUAUUGUAGACACAAUGAUAGUAAAACUCAGCAGUGUCAAGUUAGGCAGAGUCAGAAUGGAAGAAAAUCGGAUCAAGUCGGAAGUCAGUAUAUUGGAACCAGUUGAUAUCAUUAUUGAAAUUAAACGAAAUUUAGCUGCAUCCUGGUACCAUCAAAUACCAGAUAUAGACAUUGGUGGGAAAAUACCCGCUAUGAAGGUCGCUUUAGGACAGGAUGACUUCACCAUGGUGAUGGCAACAUUGGAUGAGAAUCUUCAAGAAGGUCAGAAAGAGAAACCAAAGAAGGCACCUACUGAGCCAACAGUCAAACCAACUGAUGAGAAAAAGAGAAGAGGCUCAACUAAAGGAACAACUAUCAUUGAAAUAACACCAAAAUCUAAAGCAGUGUGGACCAAGCUAAUAUUCAAUUUUUACAUUGAAAGUAUUUCAGCUGCUUUGUUUACUGGUAAAACUGACCUGAUGUCCGGUAUUGGAAUUGUUGAUAGAAAUCCAGACAGUGGUCUCAGCAAAGUAGAUUUGUGUAUGGUGGGUGUGGAUGGUACCAUGUGGACGGAUGAUUCUAUGCAUGUGUUACAACCAUGUACGAUAAGCCUACACCUUUCACAGCCUACAAACGAAGGACAACACAUUGACAUCGCUGUAACUGAGAUAGCAUUAAGUGCUUCGCCAAGAAUUAUACAAACCAUGUCAGCCAUUGCUGCAAGUAUGAAACCACCCUCUGAGCCGGAUGAGGAAGAAAAAAGAAAAGCUAAAGAAUCUAUACCUGUUGAUUUAUGGACUGUUAAACAUCUACAAGACUGUAACUUCUGGUUUCUCAAGGAAGCUAAACCAAUUGAUGACGAUUUUGUGCUGGAUCCAUGUGAUCUUCUUGAGGAAGACACACCAGUGGAAACAAGAGGAGACCAAUUAUUGAUGAAGAUUGAAAAGAUACGUUUGACAUUAGAGGCCGGGAUAGGGACACAGACCUUACCUAUGAUCAUGCUAGAAGCAAAUGUAACAACUGAAGUCAAAGAUUGGACAUCUAAGUUGUAUGUCUCCAGUGAUAUCAGUAUGGACGUCAGUUAUUAUAACAUUGGUAUGGCUGAAUGGGAACCAUUAUUGGAACCUGUCGAGGUGGUUGGCGGUCAUAGACCAUGGGAGCUCAAUAUUGAGGUAAAGAAGAAUGAGGAGGAAAAUGGUGGGUCAGAAGACGACGAUUCCACGAUUGAUUUAGCAUUUGCUCUCCCAGUAAUGACUGUUUCAAUAUCGUCCAAUGACAUUUUAGAACUGACAAUGACAAAGAGCUGUAUUUCACUGUUAACCAAUCUGGGCAAGGCAUUUGGUGAAGCAGUCGACCAACCAUCAUCAAAAUCCUCAAGGAAAGUUGGUGAUGUAAUCCCACCGUUUAUUGUGAAGAAUUGUCUCGGUAAAGAUAUUACUGUUGAGCCUGGAUCUGUCUUUGAGGAGAGUAAAGAAUCUAACGGUAGAAUUGUUAUGAAACCGGAACAAAAACUUCCCCUGAAUCCCAGUACAGCGGUCAAGUCACUUCUUAGCAAGCGGUCAUUCCUCAAAAAAGACCUCUCUGACAUGAGAAGGGAAAUAUCUGUACAGGUAAAAGAUUUCAAAGAAAUCUUCAACAUUCCCAUCCAUAGAGCGGGUAGACGGCUGUACAAUCUUCAGCAAACGGAAGGCUAUCCUCACAUCUUGUACUCUAUUGUUAUUGAUGUGGAGGCAGAUAUGGGCAGUAAAAUUGUCAACAUCAGGUCACCUCUAAGGGUACAUAAUCAUAUGCCAUUUGCGAUGGAUCUGUACAGCACUGGUAGUAGCAAUGAAAUGAUGCAUUUUGGUAGUGUUGGUGCUAAUGAACUUGGCACUGUUCCAUUGGUCCCGUCACAUGGACAAAAUAUCUUUGCCAAACCACAUGAUAUGCAUUACCGUUUGUGCGAUUCAGGGAUUUCCUGGAAAAAAUCCUGGGAUCUCAAAGAGACUGGCAAGCCUAAUUUUGUAUAUAGAUGUUCUUUUGAGAAACCUGGCCAUGCACCGUACUAUUUCACAGUAUCCAUUGAGAAAGAUGAAUAUACUUAUAUUAAAGGAUCCUUAGAUAAAACGCCCACCUACACUUUGCAUGUAUUGCCGACUGUAAGAGUCAAAAACUUGCUACCAGUUAAAAUGAAGUGUGUAGUGCAGGAUGCAGCUGAUGAAAUCUCUUUGGGUGAAGGUGAAGUCAAACCAUUGUUUAAUGCCGACCUUGGUAAAGUUUUGGAACUCAGAAUUCCUGACUAUCUUGAGAAAGAAUGGACAGCCAAGAUGACAUUAAGAAAUGGAAUGAAAGAAUUAUCUGGAUUGAAAUUUACAGCUUAUCAGGGAACACAGGAAGUGACAGUAGAACUGGGCAUAUUUGUAGAUUACAAUAAAGGUUUCAAAGACAUGGCUGUGUAUGCCCCGUACUGGAUGGUCAAUAAAACAGGCUUACCGCUGUCAUAUAGGGGUACUGAUGAUAAGAAUAUCACUUUUCAUCCAGAGAGCAUGGAGGAACCAGUGUUAUUUGCAUUUCAUAAACAGUUACUAGGGAAGAAAAUGGCAUCUCUCAAAGUCUUAGACUCUGAUUGGUCGAACAAGUUCUCUCUGGAUACAGUGGGUAGUUCUGGUGCAAUAACCUGCAAGACAAAGGAAAUGAACUACGAGAUUGGAGUCAAGAUACACCUGACACACGCAGCACUGACUAAAGUUGUGACGUUCACGCCAAUGUACCUUGUAGUGAAUCAUGCCGAGUUUGCAAUGUCAGUGUCUGAAGAGGAGACCGAUGAAUGGCGUGAGAUACCUCCAGGAGAGUGUGUUCCGUUAUGGCCGGUAUCAAAGAACAAGAAGGAACCCAAAUUACGAUUGAAAAAAUUGGAAUCUGAUGUUGUCUCAGAUCCAUUUGUAUUCACUAAGCCUGGGAGUGUGUUACUUCAAGUAGAUGACCCAAAGGUUGGUGGUGUUGGUGUGUUAAUCAACGUCAGUGAUUGGUCGAACAUUAUCUCACUAAAUGCCUAUCAUAGAGGCGCUGCCACAGUUCAGAUAAUAAAUCAUUGUACUGACACUAUGGUGCAAUAUAAACAAUCGGGCCAUGUUACAACAAAGGCAAUUGGUCCAAAAGAGGCUGUUCUGUAUACAUGGCAAGACCCCUGUGGGAAGAAAGAACUGUCAUGGGCCAUUGACAAAACAACCAAGAGGGAUGCUUUGAUAACGAAUUACAUUGCUAAUCACAUUCACAUAUUUCUUAGCCUGGAUGUUCCAUGGAAAGCACCAAUAACACCACAGGAUGGUAUUGGUGAAGUGGAUACAGUUGAUGGUAGAUGUUACUGGAUCUCUUUUCUAGAUGGUAUGCAGAGAACUUUGAUGUUUACGGAGGAUCUACUUAUUGCCACGGUAGCACAACAGGCUGGUGAGUUAGAACAAGCAGAUAUGGAGAUAUUACUAUCAUUACAAGGUAUUGGCAUGUCCUUAGUAAACAAUCAAACUGGUAGUGAGAUACUUUAUAUGGGAAUAACAAGCUCUGGUAUAAUGUGGGAAUUCCAGAAAAGGCGAAGAUGGAAAUCUCUUACAAAUAAACAGAAUCAAAUAUUGGAAACUGCUUUCCAGAACUUGCAGACACAGUUAGCAGUCGGUAAAGUAGUGGCUCAAGGUCCACAGACACUUGAAGGCAACCUAGAGGUUGACUUUUUCGCGAUGAAGAUGUUGAAACCCAACAAGCGUAAAAUACGCAGGACGUACGCGCCAGGUAUCUGGGCUUCGUACAAGGCAUCCGAACAUCAAUUACAGCUACAUGCCAAGAUUAACAGGCUACAGAUUGAUAACCAGCUGCCAGCGUCUGUCUUUCCAACUGUACUUGCUCCAGUACCACCACCAAAGUCUGUUUCUGCUGAAAGUGAACCAAAGCCAUUUAUAGAACUGAGUAAUAUGACCAGAUAUGGCCAACACACACAAAUAAAACAGGUGAAAUACUUCAAGCUACUGAUCCAAGAAAUGCAUGCUAAGGUUGACCAAGGAUUCCUGAAUGCAUUAAUGUUAAUGUUUGAAAGUGAAGAACCAACACCUGAACAGGAGUUGGAGUAUUUUGAGGUUGAUGUAGAGAAGACAGCUAGUAAGUUGAAAGAUAGUCAAGAAGUGCAAACAGUUAUGGGAGAAGAUAGAAACUUUUAUGACAAUCUACAUUUACUUGGUUUCUUUGAACGUCAACACCAGUUCUAUACAACAAAUGAGUUGACAGGUGAAGGGAUUAAACAUUACUCCAGUCAGGCAAUCAAGCAAGCAUACGUGUUGGUAUUAGGUUUGGAUGUACUGGGCAAUCCAUUCGGUUUUGUACGUGGUUUGACUGAGGGUGUCACUGAUCUCUUCUAUGAACCAUACCAGGGUGCAGUACAAGGUCCUGAAGAAUUUGCUGAAGGUUUAGCACUUGGUGUUCGCAGCUUAUUCGGUCAUGCUGUUGGUGGGGCUGCUGGUGUUGUUUCUAGGGUAACUGGCACCCUGGGUAAAGGUUUAGCUGCCCUAACAAUGGAUGAAGAGUACCAGAAGAAGAGACUGAAAGCAAUGAAUCAGAGACCUGCAGACUUGAAAGAAGGUUUGGCGCGUGGUGGAAAGGGAUUAGUCAUGGGCUUUGUUGAAGGUGUCAGUGGAAUUGUGGUACAACCCGUUAAAGGUGCCAAGAAAGAGGGAGCUGCAGGCUUCUUCAAGGGUGUUGGUAAAGGCCUUGUUGGAGUUGUUGCCAAGCCGACUGGUGGUGUCAUUGACAUGGCUAGCAGUGCAUUUGAUGGAAUACGUAGAGUCGCUGAGUUCAGUGAGGAAAUACGGCCAUUACGACCACCAAGGUUGAUUCAUGAUGAUGGCAUCGUCAGACCAUAUGUUAAAAAAGAGGCUCAAGGCUAUGGAAUUUUUAUUGAAACUGAAAAAGGCAAAUUUGUUAUCACAGACAAGUACUAUGCCCAUGCUGUGGUAACCAAAGAUGGUCGAUGCGUAUUGCUGGUUACAAAUAGGAGACUACUGUUUGUAAGUAAGGGUGAUCUACUCGGCCAUUGGAACUGUGAGUGGCAACAUACAUAUGCUAUGUUAAAAGAACCCCCAGUGCUGACUGAGAAAGGAAUCACCAUUUUACUGAAGGAUGAUGGCCAGAAGAAAAAGAGAGGUUUCGGGAGUUUCUUUGGAGGUGCAGCCUCAACUGGCAAGAUUGUUACAAUAAGUGAUAGCAAGACUGCACAGUGGCUUAUUGGAAAGAUACAUGAGGCAAUGGCAAAAAGUGGUGUGUAAUGAUAACCUGAAUGUUGAUGUCUCUUUUUUCUACACAACCAAAUCAUGACGUCAAAAGAUCGAUGUCGGAUAAAAAACUUAAUUCCUUUAGUUUUUUUUUCCAAACCCCCCUAUCCCCCACUGAAACUUAAUUGAUAAGUAUUGGUCAUGGCGUCAGACUACAUUCACCAUUAAAUACAAAUUGAUAAUCGAACAGUAGUUGGUUGUCGGGUGGGUGUAAAAAGAUUUUACAAAUGCACCUCAUUUUGACGCACAGAUUUACACUCGAA